AAGUCACACAAGGAGCAGCAGUGCAGCUUCUAGGUUUUUCUUCCACUUCCGCCACCGUUUCCAGGCGGACAGAAGAAGCACAAGGAGGCGAAGGGAGGAUGGCGUUGGCGUUCGACGAGUACGGUCGUCCCUUCAUUAUAAUCAAGGAGCAGGAGCAGAAGUCGCGCCUGCGGGGUCUCGAUGCGCAGAAGGCAAACAUCUCCGCCGGGCAGGCCGUCGCGCGGAUCCUCCGCACCUCGCUCGGCCCCAAGGGUAUGGACAAGAUGCUUCAGAGCCCCGAUGGCGACGUCAUCAUAACAAACGAUGGAGCAACAAUCUUGGAGCAGAUGGAUGUGGAUAAUCAGAUUGCAAAGCUGAUGGUUGAAUUGUCCCGUAGUCAAGACUAUGAAAUUGGUGAUGGUACCACUGGAGUUGUUGUUUUGGCAGGUUCACUACUUGAGCAGGCAGAGAAACUACUGGAACGUGGUAUUCACCCUAUUAGAGUUGCCGAGGGUUAUGAAAUGGCCUCUAGGCUUGCUGUGGAGCAUCUCGAGCGCAUCUCACAUAAAUUUGAAUUUAGUGCCACCGAUAUUGAGCCAUUGGUGCAGACUUGCAUGACAACAUUGUCUUCAAAAAUGUAGGUUUAUUUAUCUUUU